UGCAGUUGCAUCCUUUUCAAUUUUAGCAGCUUCUCCUCGAUUCCCUCUUUUGUUUUUCUCUUCUCAACGUCGCCCUCACUUUUAAGCUCAACUCCCAUUUCUCAUACAUAAUAUCUGCCACCUGUUUUGGCCAUGGAUUCUUCCAAAGCUGGUCUGUUGAAGGAAUUGCCAAUUGGGAUAGAUGAAACCACUGAAAAAGACUAUGCUUCCCAGUCUAAAUUACUAAAAGAGUUUACUAGUAUCUCCAGCAUUGACAAAGCAUGGGUUUAUAAGUCUGAAAGUGGAAUAGGGUCUCAGGCAAUGUUUUCAAUGAGCCAACCUAAUCUUCUGGCAAACAAGAACCGAAAGUAUAUGCUGUCCUCUAGUAUUUCGACAGAUAGUAAUAAUAAUGUCAACUUCCAGUGGGCCCCAUUUCCUGUUGAGAUGACAGGAGUGUCUAUAACUGUUCCCUCACCAUCAGGUUCGAAGCUUCUUGUUAUUCGAAAUCCUGAAAACGAAUCUCCCACACAAUUUGAAAUAUGGAGUUCAUCUCAGUUGGAGAAGGAGUUCCAGGUUCCCCAGUCGACUCAUGGCUCGGUGUAUGCCGAGGGAUGGUUUGAGGGAAUCUCUUGGAACUCCGAUGAAUCUCUGAUCGCUUAUGUUGCUGAGGUGCCAUCUCCCUGCAAGCCUUCAUUUGAUUAUCAAGGUUACAAGCAAUGUGCUACAAAAGAUAAGGACUGCACGAGCUGGAAAGGUCAAGGAGAUUGGGAGGAAGAAUGGGGAGAAUGCUAUGCAGGAAAAAGGCAGCCUGCUCUCUUCGUGAUCAAUCUUAGCAGUGGCAAGGUACAUGCUGUUAAAGGAAUUGAGAAGUCUUUGAGUGUAGGACAGGUGGUUUGGGCUCCACCAGUGGAAGGCAUCGAUCAACAUUUAGUUUUUGUGGGGUGGUCAGCUGAACCGAGAAAGCUUGGUAUAAAAUACUGCUAUAACAGGCCCUGCGCUUUGUAUGCAUUGAAGGUGCCACUUUAUAAAUCAGAAGCUGCUGAGACUAAUCUCAAAUCAUUGGAGGAAUUAACUGUAGUCAACUUAACACAAAGCAUAAGUAGUGCAUACUUUCCACGAUUCAGCCCAGAUGGAAAAUUCCUCGUGUUUCUGUCUGCAAAAGCCUCAGUGGAUUCCGGAGCGCACUCUGCAACUGAUUCUCUUCACCGAAUUGAUUGGCCUACUGAUGGCAAGCUGAACUCAUCUACAAAGAUCUUUGAUGUGAUUCCUGUUGUUACCUGUGCUGAGGAUGGUCAGUUUCCGGGGCUUUACUGUUCAAGCUUUCUUAGUAAGCCGUGGCUUUCUGAUGGAUGCACUAUGAUUUUAUCAUCCUAUUGGCACAGCUGUCAAGUGGUACUUUCUGUUAAUGUGUUAAGUGGUGAAGUAUCACGUAUCAGCCCUGCUGACUCAGGAUUUUCAUGGAAUAUUCUUGAACUUGAUGGGGACAAUAUCAUUGCUGUGUGUAGCAGUCCGGUUGAUGUUCCUCAAAUCAAAUAUGGCUUCCUUGUGGACAAAGCGAAUAAUAAAGCUGGAUGGCUUUGGUUAAAUGUCUCAAGCCCCAUUUUCAAAUGUUCAGAGAAGGUUAUGUCUCUCCUGUCUCAUCUUCAGUUUGGUAUUCUGCAAAUUCUGGUGAAAGAUGUUUCUGAUAGCUCUACAAAAGGAGCUGCUAAGCCUUUUGAGGCAAUAUUUGUUUCUUCCAAAGUAAAGGAUGUACCUGAACCUCUAAUAGUGGUCCUUCAUGGGGGGCCUCAUUCCGUCUCCCUGUCGAGCUUCUCAAAGUCAUUAGCAUUUCUUUCUUCUAUUGGUUUCAGCCUAUUAAUUAUAAAUUAUAGAGGUUCAUUGGGAUUUGGCGAGGAAGCAUUGCAAUCUCUUCCUGGGAAAAUCGGGACCCAGGAUGUCAAUGAUGUACUUACAGCCAUAGAUCAUGUCAUAGAGAAAGGACUCGUCGACCCGUCUAAAAUAACUGUUCUUGGUGGUUCCCAUGGUGGCUUUCUAACCACACACUUGAUCGGUCAGGCACCGAAUAAGUUUGUUGCAGCUGCCGCAAGGAAUCCAGUUUGUAGUCUUUCAUCCAUGGUUGGCAUAACAGAUAUCCCUGAUUGGUGUUACGUGGAAUCUUACGGAACCAAUGGAAAAACUAUCUUUACCGAAGCACCUUCAGCUGAACACUUGACUCACUUUUACAACAAGUCUCCUAUAUCGCAUAUCUCGAAGGUCAAAACUCCAACCAUGUUUCUCUUAGGUGCUCAGGAUCUUCGAGUCCCGGUCUCCAAUGGAUUGCAAUAUGCCCGAGCAUUAAAGGAGAGAGGAGUUGAGACCAAGGUUAUCCUGUUUCCCAAUGACAUCCAUGGAAUCGAGAGGCCGCAAUCCGACUUCGAAAGCUAUCUGAACAUCGGUGUUUGGUUCAAGAAGUAUUGCAAGUGAAAUGAACUGGUAAGUUCUUGUUGUGUAGCAUGGAAUAUGUUCUGGAUUGUCUGAAACUGAAGUCCCAGAUUGUUGGCUAAUAGUAUAGCAAUCAAGAAUUUAUUGUCCCUUACAAUGCAUUCAAUAAUGUAAUGAUUUGUUGUUGAAACAUGAGUUUGUAAUAUUUGAUUUGGAUCUAUUAAUUUUAAGAAGUACUUAUUGUAGAUUAUA